ACGGCGCAGAGAGGUGGGAGGGACUGGCGCCGAGCUGAGCUGGACUCCAGAGGGGUCCCACUCUUUUUUCUUCCACUGGAAAAGAGGUCCACGAGGGCUCCCGGCAGAGGAGCCAAAGCGUGGGCUGCGGCCCAAAGAGGGACAGGGUGGGGCGACCUGGGCCCCGCUCUGUCCUCCCAGGGCACGCGGCGACCCCUUCCACGCCCCCACCCGCCCGGUCCACACCGAGCCCCGGGCCGCGCGCGUGUGUCCCCUGCCGGGAAACCAGGAUCCCGCGCGCCGCGCGCCAUGGAAGCAGCUAACCUCACGGUGGCCGCCACCGGCGACUCCCUGCCCCUGGGAUCCGAGGCCGGCAGCUUCAGCCCAAGCCCCGGCGGGGUCAUCGGGUCGACCCCAGGCGGGGCCGCCCUGCCCGGCCGCGAGCCGCCUUUCUCCGUCUUCACGGUGCUGGUGGUGACGCUGCUGGUGCUGCUGAUCGCGGCCACUUUCCUGUGGAACCUGCUGGUUCUGGUCACCAUCCUGCGCGUCCGCGCCUUCCAUCGUGUGCCUCAUAACUUGGUGGCCUCGACGGCCGUGUCGGACGUACUCGUGGCCGCGCUGGUGAUGCCCCUGAGCCUGGUGAGCGAGCUGUCGGCCGGGCGACGUUGGCUGCUGGGCCGGAGCCUGUGCCACGUGUGGAUCUCCUUCGACGUGCUGUGCUGCACCGCCAGCAUCUGGAACGUGGCGGCCAUCGCCCUGGACCGCUACUGGACCAUCACGCGCCACCUGCAGUACACGCUGCGCACCCGCCGCCGCGCCUCCGCGCUCAUGAUCGCGCUCACCUGGGCGCUCUCGGCGCUCAUCGCCCUGGCGCCGCUGCUCUUUGGCUGGGGCGAGGCGUACGACCCACGGCGCCAGCGCUGCCAGGUGAGCCAGGAACCCUCCUACGCCGUCUUCUCCACCUGCGGUGCCUUCUACCUGCCGCUUGGCGUGGUGCUCUUCGUCUACUGGAAGAUCUACAAGGCGGCCAAGUUCCGUUUCGGCCGCCGCCGCGGGGCUGUGCUGCCGCUGCCGGCCACGGUGCAGGUGAAGGAGGCCCCUCACGAGGCUGAGAUGGUGUUCACGGCGCGUCGCCCGGUGGUGGCCUUUCAGAUGAGCGGGGACUCGUGGCGGGAGCAGAAGGAGAAGCGGGCGGCCGUGAUGGUGGGCAUUCUCAUUGGCGUAUUUGUGCUGUGCUGGAUCCCCUUCUUCCUGGCGGAGCUCAUCAGCCCCCUCUGUGCCUGCAGCCUGCCCCCCAUCUGGAAAAGCAUAUUCUUGUGGCUCGGCUACUCCAAUUCCUUCUUCAACCCCCUGAUCUACACGGCAUUUAACAAGAACUACAACAACGCCUUCAAGAGUCUCUUCAGCAGGCAGAGAUGAACGCGGGGCCUGGAGAGACGUGCAGGUGGGGGGGCUGUGGGCAGGUGGCAGGGCCCCCGCCUCCCCCCCCCCACCACCCCCGUCAUCUGGAAGCCUCUCCCCCCAGGCGGGGUGUUGACGUGUGAGAGCCGCACCGCUGGGCCUGGACCGGAGGAGCAGCAACGCCAAGGGCUCUGCAGAAAGCGUCUGGCAAGCCUGUGGUGUGCCCUUUCCGGAUAUGUGACAGACACUGCCAAUCGACCGCGGCAGUCUGUCCACUGAGCGGACCUCUGCCCCGGGAUCCUUUUCAGACAGCGCUCCUGGCAGUGACUGCUGACCGGUGAAACUGACAGGGGAGUCCAAGCCGGCUUGCCUUUCCUUCGCAUAAAACCCUAUUUCUCCGGCAGGGCCGGUGACGGGGGGGGGGGGGGGGCCCCGCUGCACGGAGCCCAGGGGCCUGUUUGGGGGUCCACUCAGGAGACUGUCUCAUUUGUGAAACAGCCCUUCUCCCACCCUCUAUCCACCCGAUUCAACUUCUCUUCCCCACCCUCCAAGGUGGUGUAUCCCAGUCUGGGAGACAGGAAUCAUCUGAACUUUGGUUUUUUUAAAAGAAGUGUCCCAUGCAGCCAUAUCCACUGAAGGAGACUUUCAGAGAAGAGGGCUGGCAAUUUAUGUUAUUGACUUCUCCAGAUGAUUUUCUUUUUCAUCAGUGAGGGACACUGCUUAGUGUCCCUAAGCAGUGAGGUGCUUAGAUUGUUCUUUGGACCAAUUAAACAGGCAUUUCAGGGGUGGGGGGGAGCAUGGUGAAUUGCAGGCACGAGUGCUUUUUAAAUCUCCCCAAGUGAUCUCACCGUGUCACCAGUGUUGAGGACCCCGGUGGGGCCCUUUCUCUGCUUCUGUACGAGGGAGAGCAGCUGUGACAAAUGUUCCCACCUUCUUCAGCAUAUGGAUUUGUAUGUGUAAUAAAAAUACUUUUGAAGCAUUUA